AUGACAAACACUAAAGCAACUAUGAGUCAAACAUCUAUAGAUGAUACCUUUGCUAAUUUCGAUAAUAAUAACAUUUCUAUAGAAAAUAAUAGUGAUGAAUGUAUUCUUGACACUUUUCGUUACAUAGGUGGAAGAAGAUUUCAUAAUGUUUUAGAUGCUAAAUAUUUUCUUCCAAAUGAUAAUGGUGAAGUUGAUCGUUUAGAAGGACAACAUUUUCUUUAUCGACAUAUUUGGCAAGGCAAUUUUUCAGCACCUGUCUCUCAAAUAUUGCAACAACCUGGUGCUUGUGUUCUUGAUGUUGGUUGUGGUCCUGGUUCUUGGAUCUUAGAAAUGUCUUGUGAUUUCCCUUCCGCUAUUUUUGUUGGCCUUGAUAUUUCGCCGAUUUUUCCUCCGGAACAAAAAAAACCUCCUAAUGCCACUUUCCUUCAAGCAAAUUUGUUGGAUGGCUUACCUUUUCCUGAUGGAACUUUUGAUUUCGUUUAUCAACGUUUCAUGGCUUCUGCUUUAGAAGAAUCUCAGUGGAGAGAUGAUGUUAUCGCAGAACUUGUUAGAGUUGUCAAACCUGGUGUUAUGGACUUUCUCGCCGAUCGGGGCAUUAAUGGCUUAAUUAGUUCUAAAUUAAAAGGUUAUUUAGAAAGUACACAACAACUUACAAAUAUUCAAUGUGAAGAACGUUCGACUCGAAUUGGUCAAUGGGGUGGAAGACUUGGUGAAAUGAUGUGUAUUGAUCUGUUAGAAGGCGUUGCUGCAUGUAAACCAGCUUUAUCACAAUUUAUGAAUAUCACAUAUGACGAAUUUGAUUCUAUGUUGCAAACGGUGCGCAUGGAAGUUGAUUCAAGUCAGCUUUGCUGUAAGACUCAUAGGCAAGUAUAA